AACCUAAAAGUUGUUCCAAGUUGCAAUUUUGGCGACUAGAUUGUUUCGCAAGGGCUGCUUGAGGCAUUUCCUCACGCAUUUGUUCUAGCGCGCUUUAACCUGAUCUCGCUGAAGUCGGGCGACGCGUUCCGCAACUUUGACAGUAAUUCCUGCAAAGUCCUGUUUUGACGUGAUGAUGCGCGGUGAAAAGAAGCAAGCAGCAGCAGCAACGUAAAGCAAACCCGCGACGGUCGAAGACGGAAAUUUGCCGGGAAGAAAGAAUAAACAGUUUGCUGGUCGGAAACAAACGCACGAGUUGCGUUCUUCACGCCAAACGGAGCGAUUGUGGGUCUGUAACACGGUACAAAUCAAGUUUCCCGUGGUUGCGUGCGGAUUUUAGCCAACCUCUCACCAACUGGCUUGUUACCGGUGCCAUCCGGAAAAGCCCUCAACAUGGGAGCAUACCUUUCGGAACCGCAAACGAAGAAGGAUUCUAGCGACGAGUCGAACGAUUAUUUGAUAUGCGGCUCGAGCUCGAUGCAAGGAUGGCGAGUUAGUCAAGAGGACGCACACAACUGCAUACUGAACUUCGAUGAUAACGCUUCAUUUUUCGCGGUGUACGACGGGCACGGCGGGGCGGAGGUGGCCCAGUACUGCAGCCUGCACCUGCCCAGCUUCCUCAAAACGGUCGAGGCGUACGGGCGGAAGAAUUUCACGCAGGCACUGAAGGAUGCGUUCAUCGGCUUCGACGCGACGCUGCUGGAGGAAAGGGUGAUCGAGGUGCUGAAACAGUUGUCGGACAAAACCAACGGCGAGGAGGAAGCGGACGAGGAUGAGGAGGAGGAAGAGUACGAUAAUGUGGAGGAUCUGUGCAAGGAGGCAAUGAUGCCGUUAAACGACGUUCUGCAGCGGUACUGCAAGGAGGUAAAGAUGGCUGGAGCAGCGUCCAACCAGCGUGUGGCCAUGGUAGCGAAGGAGGGAAACUCUUCGAAAUCGGUUUCUCCAUAUUUGAAAGGCAAGCGACGUGGUAUGGCGGGUGGUUCUUCCGGGGCCGAUGAUACGGACGAACCCGGUGGCAGUUCGUCUUCGUCCUCCGCCGGAGCCUCCGCUGCUGCUGCAGGUGGAAGCAGUUCUAGCAGUGCCCCCGUAAGCUCGGGAGAAGCAGAUCCAGCCGCUCAGGAAAGCAAACCAGUUUCAACAGCUUCAGCGGAUGCGGCGGAUUCGACUGUCAGCAGCUCGGAGGAACAGGUGCUUCGCGAAACGGCAGCUGUCUCCGUACAGGAACCAUCAUCGUCAUCGUCCUCUGCCGAAACAAGUGAUGUAACUCUUGCCGCCCUUGCCGCUUCCGCCGCUGCCACCACCGCAGUCGGCAUUGGAAGCAAAACGGCAGAACAGAGCAACGAGAUUAGCGACACUGAGGGAAUCGUGCCGGCAAAUGCGGUGGCCAGGGGUGAAGCAUCGGCAUCGGGUGCCGCCUCCGCCGCAGUUAAGGAAAACUGUGCCCCGGACAGUUCUUCGUCGGAUGGAAGUAGACAGUUGCUUGCGGGCAGACUGAACGGGGACGUCAAGGUGGGAGGCACAUCAUCUGGAGCCGUGUCGUCUUCGUGCUCAUCCUCUUCGACCCCUGCCGCUCCGGCCGGCUCAUCGGCAAGUCGAGAGAAUGGGGUGGUUGGUUCGGCAUCCAGUGGUGGAUCGAAGAGCGCCUCGCCUGCAGCGGCGGCCCCUAAGGUACACAGCACGGCGACCGGCGAGGUGGUGAAGAAAGAAUCGAAGAAUGGUCCUUCGUCGGCCGAUGUUUCCAUGAACGAUGAUGACACGGACGAUGAUGACGAAAGCGAUUCCGACGAGGAGUUCCCGCACGUCGGCGAACCGGCCGAUGAUACAUCCAGCACAGAGGACGGCGAAGAAGAUCCGUACGGUGAGGACGGAAGCGAAGACGAUGAAGAUGGUGAAGAGGAAGGUGAAUAUGAAGAGGAGGAAGACUUGAUGAACGAGGAAGACGCUGCGUUCAUGAAAAACAUUUCCGAUGAGCCCGGAAAGGACAGCGGUUGUACGGCAGUCGUUGCUUUGCUACACGGAAAGGAUCUUUACGUCGCCAAUGCAGGCGACUCUCGGUGUGUAGUUUGUCGCAACGGUCAGGCACUGGAGAUGAGCUUCGAUCACAAGCCGGAAGACACGAUCGAGUACGAACGGAUAGAGAAGGCGGGCGGCCGGGUGACGCUGGACGGGCGCGUCAAUGGAGGGCUUAAUCUUUCCCGCGCCAUCGGCGAUCAUGGCUACAAAACGAACAAAUCUCUACCACCGCAGGAACAGAUGAUAUCCGCUCUGCCGGACAUCCAGCACAUCACGGUCGGGCCGGAGGACGACUUUAUGGUGCUGGCCUGCGACGGCAUCUGGAACUUUAUGACCAGUGAUGAAGUCGUACAGUUCGUGCAGGAGCGAAUCCACGAGCCGGAUGCAAAGCUGUCAAAAAUUUGUGAAGAGCUGUUUGACAAUUGCUUAGCGCCACACACCAAAGGGGACGGAACCGGUUGUGACAACAUGACGGCCAUCAUCGUUAAGUUUAAACCUAACUUCACCGGUUCUUCCGCGUCGCGGAAACGGACAGCUUCGGCCUCCGUCGAUACACCGGAGCCGUCGUCGGCUACGAAAAAAGUUAAAACCGAUGCAGUCCCCGCCUGCGCCCCCGAUGGCGCUUCCUCCACGACGGAAGUGGAAAGCUGCAGCAACGGAGCAACAAAGCCGGAAACGGACCAGGAACCGCCGGCGGAUGCCACCGAGGAGAUGGAAGCUGCCGCCGCUGUCGCAUCGAUCGAUGGUUCCUCCGAAGCGGCUACGUCAUCGUCAUCCACGUGAAGGAACUAAGCCAGAACACGCCCCCACCCGCAGGCGUUUCCGCUACACCCUUUCGAUGCGUAUUGUGGAUAGGGAAGGAAUAGCUGUUAGUUUUCUUUUUUUCGGGGUGUUCUUAGGAUUCGACUCCGCUCUGUUAGGGAAGUACUUCAUAAGCCCAUCAUCCCAUUAUUUUCUGCCGUACGCCGCAGCAUUACCAUUCAUAUGUCACCUCAAAAGAAGGCAAACAAUCCGCGCCGAGUCCGUUUCGUUCGAGGGCGAAGAAAGGAGGGGCGUACAAUAAGGUUCGAUUAGUUCUCCAUGUAGGAAGUUAAGCUAACGGUCGAGUGGCCAGUAAUUGUCACUUACGUCACAACAGAUGAUUGAUCGUUUUCCAAUCCCCGUAGUGGUCAGAUUUAUGUAAAAUGGCUUGUACGUCUCAUAGAGUGUUCACUACGGUCGAACUAUGAACCCGUUUCAAUGUACCGAUUUGUGUACCGCCCCUGCACCCUAAAUAAUUCAAUUUCAGUAUUUACUACAACAAUGAACUCGUUGGAAGAACUUGAACAAAAAUGGGUUGGUUUUAGGUAGCGUUCCUAGGGUUUGGGAGCAGAGGAAUCGAUCACCUAAAUCAAUAUAAGAAAUAUGAGAAAAUGAAAUCAAUAGAAUGGGUGACAAUGGCCAACUCGAACAAUAUCUAUUAUCGACCAGGCGGGGGGUAGUCCUGGACCACCCGUUCAUUUUAUCUCUAUUAUAUGUGGUUGAAUGUAAACAUUGAGACAAAAAUUGCUGCCCGGGUCGUGCGUAUUGAUCAAAACAGAAAUAAUUUAUCAUUGCAAGUAGCAAUAUUCAAGUGCAGUCGCGGUUCAUUCGUCUGAUGUAAGCGGUUAGUUGUAGACAUGUGUUCUUUUUGGGAAUGUCAUCCGUGUGGCAAAUGCUGCUACCGGUUUCAACAGAACUAAAAUGUACGAGCCGGAUAGUAGCAGCGAUUAAAUACAAUACACUAAACA